GAUUCACGCGUGGUUCUGCUUGUGACUGAUCUUAACGUGCUCCGUUAUUUUCAAGGAUCGGUUUUCUUGGUCGUCUGAAUUACAAUGGCAACGCAACAAAACGGGCCUUCUCGUAACAACGGAGUCGCAUCAAAUGUGCUCGAACACAACGGCGAAACGGGCAUUAAGCGCACAGCACACGUGAAUGGAGAAAUCCAGCGUCAAGAGGCCGAACGGUUCAACUUCAGCGCCGACCCCUCUCUCGAAGACAUCCGUCGCAUGCAAGCGGAAUUCACGGACGAGAGGAACUGGAACCAGUUCCACCAGCCGCGGAACCUGCUGCUGGCGCUGGUCGGGGAGGUCGGCGAGGUGUCGGAGCUCUUCCAGUGGCGCGGGGAGGUGGCGGAGGGUCUGCCGGACUGGACCGAGCCGGAGCGGGCGCAUCUGGCCCAGGAGCUCAGCGAUGUACUGAUUUAUCUAGUGGAACUGGCCGAGAAAUGCCACGUGGAUUUGCCCCAAGCCGUCCUGCAUAAAAUGGCCCUCAACAGACUCAAGUACCCGGCCAGCAAAGUGCACGGAUCGGCCAAGAAAUACACAGAAUACAAGGACUGAUGCGGUCGAUUCCACUGCUUUAGCCAGAGAGGCAAACACUGGUGUUAGAACUGAAUAUAAGUUCACUUGUUGAUGUGUUAAGUGCCUUGAAAGAGUUUUAGAAAACAGAAUAAGCACAAUGUGCUCUUAAAGUUGCUGAUUUUAUCCAUUUUAAACUUUAGUGAAUGGCACUACCCUGGUCAAGAGGUUUUUCAUUGUGCUUUUGUUAUCCCAUUGAAACAUGUUUGCAUGUGUACUACAUUAGCAGCCUAAAUGUGUGUUUUUUUUUUUGUGUGGAUUUACCCUAACAAACAAGUAAAGCUCCACCAUACAGUACUCGGUGUCAAGUAAACACACGUGACCUAUAUGUGACUUUUCUGGAAAAAUUGGGUUUCUGACAUUAUUUUACAGCGGAUAGUUUCUGCCACUUGUCUUCAUGUAAAAACACAAUAUCCACUAUGUUGCAGAACAUGUAGAAAGAGUUUAGACGUUAAUGGCUUUGUGGUCUAGUAACAAAAACUGAACCUGUUUUGGGAGUAAAUCUUUAUAUAUCAGAGAAUGUGGACUUUUGUGUAACAUUCAUGCAGUCACAUUUAAACCUGAGUGCAAAGUGCUCCAACAGCUUAAUGGAGCUAAAAAUAACAGGAUUGUCUGCAUUGGUUGAAGGUUGAUCAUAUACAUGGAGUACAGAGUAAUCAAAUAAUCCUCCUUUUACAUUAAAAGUGCUAAACAACAAUUUGGUUUAUGUUUAAGUUUCAUUGCUCCCAUUAUUUGUACUUUUGCUGACUUUGGACUGCAUUAAAAAGCCGUA